GAAAAGGUAAAAGUGCGGACGCAACUCAAUUACAUUUCUAUCCUCUCGCUACCGUUGGAUGAAACUUCGCAAGUUUUACACUACACAAUCCCGCUCGCCAUCAAGUUUGAAACUGCGAUGAAUUUGCAGAACCUAACACACUAAACAAAUGAAAAACCUAAUCCACUUCACACUGAUAACUGAGCAUAGAACAAAAUCGCAAUGAACAUGGAUUCCGUCUCCGAUCUCUUAGAAAUCGCCGGCGAGGACGAUUCUCUACUCUCCGACAACAGUUCCACAUCUGCCAACAUUUUCUCAUGCUCUCCUCUCGUCUCUAUCAGAUCCCGUCCUCUUCAAACCACGCAACCAGCAGCGGAAAUCGAAAUUACUUCUGUAGUUUCUGAAGAUUUGACUUCGAAAUGUACUAAACCGGAAUCACCGGAGUCUCAGCAGUCUCAGCAGAAGAAAAGGAAGAAAAAAUUCGGCGGAUUCAAUUUGCGCAAAAGCUUGGCAUGGGAUAGAGCUUUCUUUACGGAACAAGGUGUUUUGAACCCCACAGAGCUUUCUAUGAUCAGUGGCACGGCCACCCCUAAUUCAAAGUCAAAUUUGGAAGUUAUAGAUGAAGAAGAACUUGGUACAACUUCAAUAGCAUUGCAGAAAAUUGAAGAAAAUUUAUUUAAACAUUCGUCCGGAGGUGUUUCAAUUAGAGAUAAGAAGAUUGGUGCUGUUUCUGGCUUAACACCAAAGCCCGGUGCAUCGGUCAAACGAACACCACCCAUUGCUUCCUUGGGAAAGAGGAAAGUGCUUGCAACCAACAACGAUGGAAAUAAAUAUAAGCGCAGUGCUAUUCCAAGGGCGGUGCCUUCUUCAUCAUAUCCUUACCAUUGCUUGUUUAGAUGUCUAUUAUUAACAGUCAGUUUUGUCAAGAAGAAUCUUAUGGGGAAAAACGUAGAAAAUUCUUACUGUAACUAUGUUUUUUAAAGAAAAAGUUUAUAUUGAAUAAGUUGUAAUUGAUUUCUGCUUCUUUACUUUUUUUGGUACUUUUGUCAUUUAAUUUCGCCAUAACCUUUUAUAAACUUAUAAAGACUUUCAUGAAUAAAAACUGUAAACUCAUUUUAGCUGAAGUGAUUUUAUAAGCUUGUUUAGAUGCAUAUUUAUUAACAGUCAGCUUUGUCAAGAAGAAUCUUAUGAGAAAAAACGUAGAAAGAAUCUUACUGUAACUAUGUGUUUUUUAAAGAAAAAGUUUAUAUUGAAUAAGUUGUAAUUAAUUUCUGCUUCUUUACUUUUUGUGGUACUUUUCUCAUUUAAUUUCUCCAUAACCUUUUAUAAACUUUAUAAAGACUUUCAUGAAUAAAAACUGUAAUCUUAUUUUAGCUGAAGUGAUUUUAUAAAUUUGAAGUUAACUCAAACUGUUGCAGAGUGGAGUCUCUUUAGUGUGUGUGUGCUGGAAUUUAGUUGUAUGUAUUUCUGUUGAAUAAUGAAAGUGCUUACCUUAACUCCUUUGAAAACUAAAAAUAACUGACACCGCUAAAAUGCCGAGUAAAGAGUCAAAAAUCACUGGGAUACCAGGACCAAAAUCCAAUGUUUCUGCAAAUGCAACUACCACUAGGAGUGGAAUGUUGAGCUCAGGUUCCUCAAAAAGAAAUCAGAAUGCACAUCCUAGCCUGCCAAAAAAUCCUACGCCAAGCAUCCCUAGCCUAUCAAAAAAUCCUACGCCAAGCAUCCCUCGCAUGUCAAAAAAUCCUACACCAAGCAUCUCUAGCCUGUCAAAAAAUCCUACAUAUGUUCCAAGCAUCCCUAAAGUUGAUAUGGCUGACAAGUGUUCUGUUAGUAGAAGUCUUACCAAGCAGGCUGGAAAACUUUCGGAUACCCCAGUUUCCAUACUACGUCCACCAUCCAGAAUGGAUCAAACAACGCAUCAAACAGGGACAAUAAAAUCAUCAGGCCUACGGAAGCCAUCUCCCUCCAUUGGUUUCUUUUCUCAGGUAAAAGCUUCCGGUUCACACAGCUUGCAGAAAAGCUCCAUACCCUGCAAACCUUCAGAGAGUAACAUUCCUAAACUAAGGAAGUUGGGAACAGUUUCUGUUAAAGAAGCAAGGUCCAAAAUUGUCAAAGGGGCAGCAAAGAAUCGUACUAAGGAAUUAAGCCAUUCAGAUGUCAACUCAGAAGCAAUUGUGCCAAUAGACAAUAAGCAGAAGGCUGGUGUAGAAGUGGAUUUUGAUUCUUCUAGUUUUGAAAUAAUAAGUAAGCAAGCAGAGGUUGAAAACAUUCUUGAUGAUGUCAUCUUAAAAUCUAAGGAGCAAGGAGAACUACAUGAAAAUGAGAUCAUUUCAAGCAUGGAGAACAUGGUAUUACCUACACAUGAAAAGGAAUUUCUUACGAAGAGUCAGACACACGAGCAGUUGGAGAAAGACGCUGACCACACUCUGGAGAAAAUGUCAGACACUAAUGAAUUAAGCCUUUCAGAUGUCAAGCCAGAAGCAAUCGUGCAAAUAGACAAUAAGCAGAUGGCUGGUGUAGAAGUGGAUUGUGAUUCUUCGAUUUUUGAAAUAAUAAGUAAGCAAGCAGAGGUUGAAAACAUUCUUGAUGAUGUCAUCUUAAAAUCCAAGGAACAAGGAGAACUACAUGAAAAUGAGAUCAUUUCUAGCAUGGAGAACAUGGUAUUACCUACACGUGAAAAGGAAUUUCUUACAAAGAGUCAGACACAUGAGCAGUUGGAGAAAGAGGCUGACCACACUCUGGAGAAAGUGUCAGACACUAAGGAAUUAAGCCUUUCAGACGUCAAGCCAGAAGCAAUCAUGCAAAUAGACAAUAAGCAGAUGGCUGGUGUAGAAGUGGAUUGUGAUUCUUCGGUUUUUGAAAUAAUAAGUAAGCAAGCAGAGGUUGAAAACAUUCUUGAUGAUGUCAUCUUAAAAUCUAAGGAGCAAGGAGAACUACAUGAAAAUGAGAUCAUUUCAAGCAUGGAGAACAUGGUAUUACCUACACAUGAAAAGGAAUUUCUUACGAAGAGUCAGACACAUGAGCAGUUGGAGAAAGAGGCUGACCACACUCUGGAGAAAGUGUCAGACACUAAGGAAUUAAGCCUUUCAGAUGUCAAGCCAGAAGCAAUCGUGCAAAUAGACAAUAAGCAGAUGGCUGGUGUAGAAGUGGAUUGUGAUUCUUCGGUUUUUGAAAUAAUAAGUAAGCAAGCAGAGGUUGAAAACAUUCUUGAUGAUGUUAUCUUAAAAUCCAAGGAACAAGGAGAACUACAUGAAAAUGAGAUCAUUUCUAGCAUGGAGAACAUGGUAUUACCUACACAUGAAAAGGAAUUUCUUACAAAGAGUCAGACACAUGAGCAGUUGGAGAAAGAGGCUGACCACACUCUGGAGAAAGUGUCAGACACUAAGGAAUUAAGCCUUUCAGAUGUCAAGCCAGAAGCAAUCGUGCAAAUAGACAAUAAGCAGAUGCCUGGUGUAGAAGGGGAUUGUGAUUCUUCGAUUUUUGAAAUAAUAAGUAAGCAAGCAGAGGUUGAAAACAUUCUUGAUGAUGUCAUCUUAAAAUCCAAGGAGCAAGGAGAACUACAUGAAAAUGAGAUCAUUUCUAGCAUGGAGAACAUGGUAAUACCUACACAUGAGAAUGAACUUCUUAAAAAGAGUCAGACACAUGAGCAGUUGGAGAAAGAGGCCGACCACACUCUGGAUAACAAGUUAUAUGAUGUUACGUCAAAUGGGGACCGGUCUUCAUAUCAGGAACCACAGUCUACGCUCUUUCCUAUCAUGCAGAGAACUUCUAAUACUGUGCAGAAUACCAUAGGACAAGAUGAAGAUGAUCAAAUCAAAGGGCCCACCGGUGACAUUCCGCCUUUCAAGGAAAGUUUGAUACUACAGGCAGAGUUUUCAGGAGAGUUUAAGGGAUACAAGAGUGCCAAGACUGCACUUUUAAAUUCUAGCCUUGAUGAUUUUUGCAAAACUGUCCCCGAAGGAUCUAAACAAGGAACCCCGUGUAAGAAUACUGAACAGGUAAAUUGUGGUGCUGAUGAAUUUGGUAGAUAUGAAGGAGAUGCACAGGGGCAUUUAUUGAACGAGAGUCUCAUAAUCAAUUGCAAAAAAACCACCCAAAGUAAUUUAGACGCAGUUAGUCAGCAGUUACAGGCAGACCAACCCAAGGCUCUAAAUCCUAGUGGUGUAGAAGAAAUUGGACCGGAAAAAGAAAAUAUCUCUGAUAUGAACAGUUCUCAGCCAGUUCAUGUGACGAGCUUAUUUUCCAAAGGUUCUCCUGAAAAUUCCAUACUAGGAAUCAAUGACGCUUCUGAGGAUGAAUCUAAAAUAAUUGAGAUCAAAGACUGUCAGCUUCCUGUAGAUGAUCAAUUAGGUUUCAUCCUGAGAAGCCCAGUGGAUAAGGAAUGUGACCAGGUUAUUGACUCAAAAGCAAUCCGUGAUAGAACUCCGGAGUUUGAAUUGGAUAGGUUGAGUGAAAAUUGUAUAACUGUUUCAGCAUCUUCAUUGGCAGAUGAUAAUAACAUAAAUGAAGAUUCCUAUCUUCCUGGGUUUCAAAAGUCUAGUGCUGUUGUUGCUGUAAAUUCCCAGGAUGUUCACUUGGAUAGUGACUUUCUGCCAAAAGUUAUUGUUUCAUCUACAGAAAUCAAGGAGCAAAAUUUAGUUGAGGAUGCAUUUGAAGGAUGCGGGUUCCAUAGCAAUGAGCACAAUGCUACCAAUCAUCAUAUUGAAGAUAUGUCUGUAAACAUAGAGGGAAAUCAUGAUGUCGAUGGAAAGGUGGAACUUCUGCAAAUCAAUGAUGUGGAUGAAAAGGCGGAAUUUUUGCAAAUCAAUGAUGUGGAUGAAAAGAUGGAACUCUUGCAAAUCAAUGAUGUAGAAGAUGGAAAUCAUGAUGUGGAUGAAAAGGUGGAACUUUUGCAAAUCAAUGAUGUAGAAGAUGGAAAUCAUGUUGUGUUGCAAAUCAAGGAUGUGGAUGAAAAGGUGGAACUUUUGCAAAUCAAUGAUGUAGAAGAUGAAAAUCAUGAUGUGGAUGAAAAGGUGGAACUCUUGCAAAUCAAUGGUGCAGAAGAUGGAAAUCGUGAUGUGGACGAAAAGGUGGAACUUUUGCAAAUAAAUGAUGUGGACGAAAUGGUGGAACUUUUGCAAAUCAAUGAUGUGGAUGAAAAGGUGGAACUUUUGCAACUCAAUGAUGUAGAAGAUGGAAAUCAUGACGUGGAUGAAAAGGUGGAACUCUUGCAAAUCAACGGGGCGGAAGAUGGAAAUCGUGAUGUGGAUGAAAAGGUGGAACUUUUGCAAAUCAAUGGUGCAGAAGAUAAAAAUCGUGAUGUGGAUGAAAAGGUGGAACUUUUGCAAAUCAAUAAUGUAGAUGAAAAGGUGGAACUUUUGCAAAUCAAUGAUGUGGAAGAUGGAAAUCAUGAUGUGGAUGAAAAGGUGGAACUCUUGCGAAUCAAUGGUGCAGAAGAUGGAAAUUGUGAUUUGGAUGAAAAUGUGGAUCUUUUGCAGAUCAAUGAUGUGGAUGAAAAGGUGGAACAUUUGCAAAUCAAUGAUGUGGAUGAAAAGGUGGAAAUUUUGCAAAUCAAUGAUGUAGAAGAUGGAAAUCAUGAUGUGGAUGGAAAGGUGGAACUCUUGCAAAUCAUUGGUGCAGAAGAUGGAAAUCGUGAUUUGGAUGAAAAGGUGGAACUUUUGCAAAUCAAUGAUGUGGAUGAAAAGGUGGAACUUUUGCAAAUUAAUGAUGUGGAUGAAAAGGUGGAAAUUUUGCAAAUCAAUGAUGUAGAAGAUGGAAAUCAUGACGUGGAUAAAAAGGUGGAACUCUUGCAAAUCAAUGGUGCAGAAGAUGGAAAUCGUGAUGUGGAUGAAAAGGUGGAACUUUUGCAAAUCAAUGAUGUGGAUGAAAAGGUGGAACUUUUGCAAAUUAAUGAUGUGGAUAAAACGGUGGAACUUUUGCAAAUCAAUGAUGUAGAAGAUGGAAAUCAUGACGUGGAUGAAAAGGCGGAACUCUUGCAAAUCAAUGGUGCAGAAGAUGGAAAUCAUGAUGUGGAUGAAAAGGUGGAACUCUUGCAAAUCAAUGGUGCAGAAGAUGGAAAUCAUGAUGUGGAUGAAAAGGUGGAACUUUUGCAAAUCAAUGAUGUGGAUGAAAAGGUGGAACUUUUGCAAAUCAACGAUGUAGAAGAUGGAAAUCAUGAUGUGGAUGAAAAGGUGGAACUCUUGCAAAUCAAUGGUGCAGAAGAUGGAAAUCAUGAUGUGGAAGACAAGGUUGAACUUUUGCAAAUCAAUGAUGCUGAAGAAGGUUUGUCGGAUAUACUGCCUUUAGUUGAAACUCAACUCAAUAUGAACUUUUUUUCUUCUGAAUUUGACUCUUCUAUUGAAGUGAGUGAAGAUCCCUUUUCAACUGCAGUUUCUUUGAUAUGUGAGAAGCAGUGUAGUUUAAGUGAAAAUUCAAAGUUACUAAGUUCAGAUAUGCUUGUAAACAAAGAUGGAAAUCAAGGUGUCGAUGAAAAAGUGGAACUUUUGCAAAUCAACGGUGCAGAAGAAGGUUCAUUAGAUAUAUCUCCUUCAGUUGAAAUUCAACUCGAGAAUGUUAUUUCUGCUGAAUUUGAUUCUUCUACUAAAGUGAGUGAAGAUCCAUGUCUUUUAAGUGAAAAAUCAAAAUUAUUAGCUUCAGAGAAUUCAAUCUUCAAUGCAACAAUCCCACAAGGCAGCGAAGUUAGUUCAAUGAAACUCAAUGAGAACGCUAUUUCUGCUGAAUUAGGUUCUUCUAUUGAUGUGAGUGAAGGCCCCUGUCUUUUAAGUGAAAAAUCAAAAUUAUUAGCUUCAGAGAAUUCAAUCUUCAACGCAACAAUCCCAGAAGGCAGCGAAGUUAGUUCAGUGAAACUCAAUAGGAAUGCUAUUUCUGCUGAUUUAGAUUCUUCUAUUCAAGUGAGUGAAGGCCCCUUUACUAGUGCAGUUGCUUGGAAAUCUGAGGAGCAAUGUCUUUUAAGUGAAAAAUCGAAGUUACUAGAUUCAGAUAAUUCAAUCUUCAUUGAAACAAUCCUACAAGGUAAUGAAGUUGGUUCAGUGAACAGUGAAAGUUUAUCAGAUGCAGCUGUAACUACUGUCUUUGAGAAUGAUAAGUCUCCUAAUACUGACAUGGCAAGUCAGUCAAAAGACAAAAUCGACUUUCCAGAAGAAGACAACGGCAAAAUAAUUCAUCUCGAAAUAGAUGCAACUAAAACCAAGCAGGAAGUUCCGAUAGCGAAGCCUCCACUGAAUGUUGCUCCCUUUACUGAGGAAUGGUUAGCUGCAAUAGAAGCAGCUGGAGAGGAGAUUUUAAUGAUGAAGAGUGGCGCUGUACAAAACUCUCCUCCUGACAAAGUCCAGAAUGAACCGAACCCUUGGUCACCGGUGAAGAAAAAUCAAGAGAUUGGACCAUUUGAUUGUACUAAAAUAACCAAACAUAACAUCCAGAGUUCCGAUCCAUCGUGAUAAAUCUGUCAAUAAAUCACUGACAUUUUUUGGUGUGAAUAUAUUCUUCCACAACUUCAAGAGUUAUAACACGUUUUAUAUAUGAAAGUGCUACAUGAAUAUAAAUGAACUAUAUGUUACCCUGGAGAGGCUUAUAAAUGAAUAUUGUUUUCAAGUUGUAAAUGAUAAUAUUUGGUUUUGUUCUUUUUAA